AUGGUUGACCGUUUCAAAGCACAAGCUCGCAUCAUGAGAGAUAUGCGUCAGCUUAUGAAAGAAAUUCAAAACGAGAUGUCUUAUUACAAGCAAAUGGGUGCUGAUUUCGUUAGAAUUAGUCAAGACUUUCACAAUGAAGUAUGCAAGUUUCGACGUGAAGCUAAUAAGCUUUAUCAACAUGUCGAAGAAGUCAAUAUACAACUCGAUUUGCUGAUCGAAAUGUUUGUGGACUAUGAUCGACCGUUCAACGACAAUAGCACUCAGGAUAAUGUCAAUCUAUGUGUCCAGAUUCUUCAAGAACUUGCUGGAAUGGAAAGAUUCAAUGAGGAUGCUGCUCAAACAUUUCAAAACGUUUCACAAGAAAUAACUGAAUUCCAAGAUAACCGAGUCGAACCAGCUAGAAUCAAAGCAGUAAAACGAGAGCAACGACUGCGAAUGAUAAAAGACACUACGAUUGCAAGUACGACAGGUUUGGUUGCCGGUGGAUCGAUUAGUGGUGGUCUUGUGGCUUCUCCAAUUUUAGGCGGUGCAGGUGCUUUUGUACUUGGCACUACAGUAUUUCCGCCAGCUGCAAUUAUCAUUGGUUCUAUAGCCGUUGGUUUACUUGCGAUGGGAGCAAUCGGUUGGACCAUCUCAAAGCUCUUGCGAAACUAUCGUGCCUACAGUUCUGCAGUCGCUCAAAAUCUAGAAAAACUUUCGACAUUAUGCGACCAAAUGAAACAAGAAGCAUCGUUCAUGAAAGAGAAAUCUGACGAUCUUGCCGUGAGAAUUCAAGACUUUUCUGCUUCGAUGAGAGGUUUCAGAUAUGGUAGCUUAUCCGAUCGACAGCGACGCGCUCAUUCGGAAAUCUGCCGUAAAUCAAAGGAGAGAAAUCUGGCACUGAUGCAAACUCUACGCGAAAUCAUCGAUUUUAAAAUACUUUCAUUAGCGCAAAUUAGCACAUUGCUUCCAAAUAGAAGUCAACGUGCUAUUCGUGAAUAG